GCGUGGCGGGCGGUGGCGGCCGGGGAGGCCCGGGAGGCCGCGGCGCGGUCACUGCGAGCCAAGCCGACCCGAGCCGUGCCGAUCGCCAUCCGGCCCCGGCUCUCGCGUGAUCCCGGCCGGCGGCGCGGUCCGGUUAGCCGGCGCCGCUGCAGCCCAUGGAGCUCGAGAACAUCGUAGCGAACACGGUGCUACUCAAGGCCCGGGAAGGUGGAGGUGGAAAUCGCAAAGGCAAGAGCAAGAAAUGGCGGCAGAUGCUUCAGUUCCCCCACAUCAGCCAGUGUGAAGAGCUGCGGCUCAGUCUUGAGCGUGACUACCACAGUCUGUGUGAGCGGCAGCCCAUUGGGCGCCUGCUGUUCCGGGAGUUCUGCACCACGAGGCCUGAGCUGACUCGCUGCAUUGCCUUCCUGGACGGGGUGGCCGAGUACGAGGUGACCCCUGAUGAAAAGCGGAAGGCAUGUGGGCGGCGGCUAAUGCAGAAUUUUCUGAGCCACACGGGUCCUGACCUCAUCCCUGAGGUCCCCCUGCACCUGGUGACUAACUGUGCCCAGCGGCUGGACCAGGGGCCCUGCAAAGACCUCUUCCAGGAGCUGACCCGGCUGACCCAUGAGUACCUGAGCAUGGCCCCUUUUGCUGACUACCUCGACAGCAUCUACUUCAACCGUUUCCUGCAGUGGAAGUGGCUGGAAAGGCAGCCAGUGACGAAAAAUACCUUCAGGCAGUAUCGAGUCCUUGGCAAAGGUGGCUUUGGGGAGGUGUGUGCCUGCCAGGUGCGGGCAACGGGAAAAAUGUAUGCCUGCAAGAAGCUGGAGAAGAAACGGAUCAAGAAGCGGAAAGGGGAGGCCAUGGCUCUUAAUGAGAAGCAGAUCCUGGAGAAAGUGAACAGUAGGUUUGUAGUGAGCUUAGCCUAUGCCUAUGAGACCAAGGAUGCACUGUGCUUAGUGCUGACGCUGAUGAAUGGAGGUGACCUCAAGUUCCACAUCUACCACAUGGGCCAGGCUGGCUUCCCUGAAGCACGUGCUGUUUUCUAUGCUGCUGAGAUCUGCUGCGGGCUGGAGGACCUGCAUCGAGAGCGCAUCGUGUACAGGGACUUGAAGCCAGAGAACAUCCUUCUGGAUGACCACGGCCACAUCCGCAUCUCUGACCUGGGGCUGGCUGUGCAUGUGCCUGAGGGCCAGACCAUCAAAGGUCGUGUGGGCACUGUGGGCUACAUGGCUCCAGAGGUGGUGAAGAAUGAGAGGUACACAUUCAGCCCGGACUGGUGGGCGUUAGGCUGCCUCCUGUAUGAGAUGAUCGCAGGCCAGUCACCCUUCCAGCAGAGGAAGAAGAAGAUCAAGCGGGAGGAGGUGGAACGGUUGGUGAAGGAGGUGCCCGAAGAAUACUCUGAGCGCUUUUCCCCGCAGGCCUGCUCACUCUGUUCCCAGCUCCUCUGCAAGGACCCUACGGAGCGCCUGGGGUGUCGUGGGGGCGGCGCCCAAGAGGUGAAGGAGCACCCUCUUUUCAAAAAACUGAACUUCAAGCGGCUGGGAGCAGGCAUGCUAGAACCACCCUUUAAACCUGAUCCUCAGGCCAUUUAUUGCAAGGAUGUUCUGGACAUUGAACAGUUCUCCACUGUUAAGGGCGUGGAGCUAGAGCCAACGGACCAGGACUUCUACCAGAAGUUUGCCACGGGCAGUGUGCCCAUCCCCUGGCAGAAUGAGAUGGUGGAGACUGAGUGCUUCCAGGAGCUGAAUGUCUUUGGGCUGGAUGGCUCAGUUCCCCCAGACCUGGACUGGAAGGGCCAGCCACCUGCACCACCCAAGAAGGGACUACUGCAAAGAUUCUUCAGCCGCCAGAGGUGAGCAGUGUGGGCUCCCCGUGGGUUAGCCUCGCUGCCCAGCCUCGGGGAGCCCCAGGCAGCCCUUCAAUGGCAGAGGCAAGAUGUGGGAGAAAGAAGUCUGGUGCCCGCCCCCUGUACCCCUCCCCACUGCUGCAGUUCCCUGCACCCUGGCCCCUUCAAGCUGUCAGCCUUGCUUAGUCUUCUGUCUUCCUGUCCCCAGCCCCUAUCAAGGACCUGGACAGAGGCCUUGCCCUGGCAGUAUCUGGGAUCUCCCUAGUCUCCCUUACUUCAAAUCAGUUGCCAGAAGCCUUUGCUCUGAUCUCCACUCACAUGUGGCCUGAGUUGCUGUUCCAGGCCCCUCGUGGGGAGCUCUUUUCCCAGAGCAUGACCCUGGGUGGCAUCUGUCCUGUCUGGGCAGCCCCAAGCAACGUCACUGGUGGUUAACAGCACUCGCUCUGCCUCUUUCCCUCCAUGUCUUCCCUGUCCCUCCAGGAUUGCUGUGGGAACUGCAGCGACAGUGAGGAAGAGCUCCCCACCCACCUCUAGUCCCCAGCCUGAGGCCCCCACCGGCGAUUGGCGGUAGCAGCUACUCCAAGUGCUGUUUACAGUUUUGCACAGUGGUCUUCCCCAUUGUCCACUCAAGUCGUGGCCUGGGGAACAUAGCCGGAGUUGUCCCCAGUGUCCUCUGGCCCUCAGCCUUUGGCCUGGCUGAGUUUGGCAAAGCCUGGGCCAUCCCUGGGACAAAGGUGCGUCCCUCUAGCUCCUCUGCGGAGCUCUGGGCUUUCUGUAUUUAUGUAUUUGUACGAAUGUAUAUAGCAACCAGAGCGUUCUUAAUUCCUACCGUAGACCUGGCGCCCCGCCUCAGCCUCCAAGGCAGCAAGCCCUGGCUGGGAGAGUUAAGAGAUACCAGAGGAGCCACUGCCAAAGUUGAGGCUUCUCAGGCCCCGCUCAGAAGGGGCAAGGCCAGAUCCCUGAACUCCCGGCAUUGUGCUGGCCACCACCAACCUCUGAGUGAGACUCGUGCCUGCCCUUGCUGUCCUAGGCUCAGGCUGCACUGACUAGGGCCCAAUAGUAUCCCUUUAUAGCAAAUGUCAGAAUUAAAUCUGGGAGGAAGGGGCUGGGGAUUUAGCUCAGUGGUUCCACCGCCUGCUGCGCAAGCGCAAGGACCCGAGUUUGAUCCCCGGUACCAAAAAAAAAAACCUGGGGGUUCUGUAUCCUGUAGGCCUGUGCCAAGCUGUGAACAGAGAUUGGACUGACCAUGAGACCCAUUAGUUCACUGCCCAAGAUGAUCCACCUCGGUCUCCCUCUGCUUUCCAGCUCCCACCUCACCUUGUCUCUUAUGCUGGGCCCUGAAGACACCUCUUUCAAAAAUGCUCCAGCCCAGGCCAUAGAAGUAGGGGUGUCCUUGACCAACUCUGGCCAACAUUCCAGAAUCCCCUCCAAAAUACUCACGUGAAGGGCCGGGGAUUUAGCUCAGUGGUUCCACUGCCUGCCUUGAAAGCGCAAGGUCCCGAGUUCGAUCCCUGGUACCAAAAAAACCCACAAAAACAUUGGGUUUCCCUCCCCCUAAAAAAAAAAUAUUCACAUGUGCCCAGCAAUAAUCUGCCCCUCCCUGUGUGUGCCCAUGGGGAAUGUGUGGGUGUGGGUGUGUAUCUGUGUAUGUGUGAAGGGGCUAGGGUAAGGCUGUGCCUAUGACCCUGCCCCAGCCCUGGUCCUCCCAGACUGUGCUAGCCAUCUUGGUCCCCCAUGUUAGGGUAGAAUGGGAUUACAGGACCCUGGUUUUUCCAUAUUUAAAGCUAAUUUUUAUUACUCAUUUUGUCCAUUGUAAGCUGCCACAUGUUUCUGUGUGAAUACAGUCCGAGCACAAACCUGGCCAGCAGCCCCUGCCUGCCUCUUUCUUGCUUCUGGUGUUCCAGGGGGUCUUCCUGCUUCCCUGGCCCAGCCGGAAGCGGGAAAGGAUUGGAGGUAGACCUGGCAGAAAGGGGUGAGGGGCUGCCUUUUCAAGGCUCAGGAGCCUUUAGGACUUACUGUAAGGCAGUCUUUCUAGGCAUUCAGGCCUUGGUGGCCUUUUGAGUUCACCCAGUGGGUUCCACGGUUUCCUAAAGAGUAGAGGUCAUGAGAAAGAGACCCUUGGGUACUGUAGUGUGGGUCUCUUUCUGACUGUGCUGGAGAGGCAGGCCUAGUUGGCUGGUCUUUAAGCUGUCCAAGGCCAAAGUGGCCUGGCUGCCAAAUGUGAACUUGCGAGUGGCCUGGGGAGCCAAGUGGGAACUGCUGUUGUAAACACUUGCCCCAGAUCUUUCUUUACCUGGCUACCUGCUAUGGGCUGGUGCAUGUGGAUCCUUCUCUUUUGUCCUUGAUGCAUUAAAUGUAGAUGGGCAAAAGGC